CAGUCACGUAACCCAUUCGUCCAAUCAGGUGAGAAGCUAAGAGAAGCUCAGGAAAGAAGCCGAUGAUAUGGCAGCUUUGAGAGCGCCCAAGUAGAACUUGCUUCGUGUUAUCACAACACUUUGAGUGGAUAUCAGGGCGCGUGCUCGACAUGAUUUACUUAAUACUCGUUUCCGCGGUUUUCGGUGCAGUCGUUACGCUGAUAGUACAGUUCCUGCUAAUAUACCGGAGAAGCCCUGAGCCCGUAGGCAGGACAGUGCAGUAUGUCAAAGUAGUGCCCGGUAACGCGCUGAAGGAUUACUUUAAUAGCCAUCAUGCCGAAGCAGGCCAGCAGCAGGACAGCACGACAUGUACCGCAUCUAAGCAGCCAGAGGCCGCCUCUACGCGGCAGCAGGAGGCAGCCGUCACCGGCGGCGGCCCGAAACAACAGCCGCCACCGCCUUCCCAAAGCGAGCCCAUCGAUGCAGGAAAAGCCGAAACGUGCCAUUUCCUAAACGCUAUCUUUCUGUUCCUAUUCCGGGAGCUCAGAGACACUCCCGUCGUCAGACACUGGCUCACCAAAAAGAUUAAGGUGGAGUUUGAGGAGCUGCUGCAGACCAAGACAGCUGGUCGGCUCCUGGAGGGACUCAGUCUGAAAGAUUUCUCUCUCGGGAAUUCGCUGCCGGUUUUUAAGACCGCCAAACUCAUGAAGCCGGCGCAUCUGAACGAGGACGGGAUGCCCGAAGAGCUCAACUUCGAGGUGGACAUCGAGUACAAUGGCGGCUUCCACCUCGCCAUCGACGUCGAGCUCGUGUUCGGAAAGUCUGCGUACCUGUUCGUCAAGAUGAGGCGCGUGGUGGGCAGGCUGAGGCUGCAGUUCACGCGCGUGCCCUUCUCCCACUGGUCCUUCUCCUUCCUCGAGGAUCCACUGGUGGAUUUUGAGGUGAAGUCCCAGUUUGAAGGGAGGCCACUGCCUCAGCUCACCUCCAUCAUAGUCAACCAGCUGAAACGGGUCAUCAAGAAGAAACACACCUUACCCAACUACAAAAUCAGGUACGGUCCAGACCCAGCGGAACUGUUCAUCCUGGGCUCCUAUGACAGAGAAACCUACGUCCAUUGCACCCUGGAGCUGAGCAGCCACCAGUGGAAGGAGAAGGCUCGCAGUUCCAUCAAAAAGACGGAGAUUAUCAAGGGGACAUGUGGCAGUGUGGGGAUGACGUUCAGGCACGUCACUGCCAGUGAGGGCGAUGCAGUGCAUGUUUGCAUCGAGACAGUUUUGCCCAACUCCCCAGCAGCUUUGGCAGAGCUGCAAAAGGGUGAUCGUCUCAUUGAAAUUGGAGGUGUUAAAGUGACGUCCUCGGUUCAGGUACCAAAACUGUUAAAGCAGGCCGGAGAAAAGGUGUUGGUACUUUACGAGAGACCAGUACGUCAUCAGACUCCCUCUUUGGGAAACCCGGCAGCUCUGCAGGAAGGACUUGAAGAAAUUGGUUUCAUGUCCCAGCAAGCAGGUUAUGAGGAAGAGCCAGCCCCCAUCAGCACCCUUUCUGACCUGUCUGACAGCAAAGACGUAGACUCUGAGUUUGAAGAGUUGAUUGUGGAAUCCAAGUCUAGCGGUGGCACUGCUGGGCAAAAUAGCAGUGCCACAAUUAUCAGUGAGACCAAGGAGGAUUUCUUACUUACAGUAAACCAAAGCCCCAAAAGGACUGUAGCCAACCUGGCUUCUAAGCCUCUUGGUACUAUAUCACCCAUCCUCAACCGCAAGUUAAACCUGGUGGGUCUCCAGUCACCACUAAAGCCCCAGCCCAAAGAAUCACCAAAGCCCUCCCCACAAAAGACCAGUAGUGAUCCAGGGGAGGUUCUGCAACGCCCUACUGUCCCUCCCCCACCUCCCCCUUCCCGCCCUCCAGUUCCACCACGACCGCAGAUAAGGUUGACGUCGGCAUCCUCCGAAACGAGCCUUUUGGAAAGUGUGGAUUCUGCAGCUGCUAAUGUCACCGCUGCUCCUUCCAUUACUAAGACGACCAGUGCUUCAGAAAAGUCUCCAGAAAAGGUUCAGCGCGCUGGACCCGGUGAGGACAAGUCUGCCACCGAGAAGGCAUGCGUCAAACAAACGGAGGCAAAACAGUCCAGCAAGGCAACGGACACGAGUGAGGAGGUACUUCCAUCAACUGUGACCAGCAGCAGCAGCAAGGCCGAUCAAGCAAAGGACAAAGCAUCGGAGAGCUCCUCCAGUACACGGGACAGUGUAGAGGACCACUCCCUGUGGGAAUCCACAGAAACCAUGUUUCGUAACCAAACGGCACACUGGUCCAAGGCAUCUGUGGUGUUUGAGGUAGAGAGCAACCAUAAAUACCUUAAUGUGGCCCUGUGGUGCAAAGAUCCCUUUAAACUGGGCAGUCUGAUAUGCCUGGGUCAUGUGAGCCUCCAGUUGGAGCACAUAGCUCUGGAAUGUAUGGCCACAUCUUCAGGAGAGUACCAGAGCACCUUCAGGUUGGGGGCUCCAGAGCCCAGAGCUAACGUCAGUCGCACUGCAUUACGCAGUCUCAGCACCCACAAAGGUUUCAAUGAGAAGCUGUGUUAUGGAGAUGUUACUUUAAACUUCUGUUACUUAGCUGAAGGGGAGCUGGACUAUCCGGUUGGGCUGGUGGAAAGAGAAACAGAGGGCAGUGUUCAGGAGGAGGAGCUGAGGGAGAGGGAGCCCGUCCCUGCAGCGCCACGCGAGGACUUGACCUACAGCGCUCUGCAGUUGCAGGAGGUCCGUCAUAACUUCCAGGACACACAGUUCCAGAACCCCACCUGGUGUGAGUACUGCAAGAAAAAGGUUUGGACCAAGGCAGCCUCUCAGUGCAUGGUCUGCGCCUAUGUUUGCCACAAAAAGUGCCAGGAGAAGUGCCUCACUGAAAAUCCUUUUUGUGUGGCCACAGCCGAACGCCGUGGAGCUGACCUCGAAGCCAAAUCCACCAUAAACCGCGCCACCACGGGUCUAACUCGCCACAUUAUCAACACCAGCUCCCGUCUGCUUAACCUUCGCCAGGUGCCCAAGGCUCGGUUUACCGAACAGGUAGCCGACGUGGUGCCGGGAGCGGUGGAGCCCUCGCCUAAACAUACCCCCAACACAUCUGACAAUGAAAGCAGCGAUACUGAAACGUACACCAGUGGUGCCAGCCCCUCAAAGCAGCCAGCUGGAAGCGGUGGGAGCAGUAAACUGGUACGUAAGGAGGGCGGGCUGGACGACAGUGUGUUCAUAGCUGUGAAGGAGAUAGGUCGCGACCUUUACCGGGGGCUGCCCACAGACGAGCGCUCCCAGAAGUUGGAGUUGAUGCUGGACAAACUGCAACAGGAAAUUGACCAGGAGCUGGAGCACAAUAACACCCUUCUGCUGGAGGAGAGGGAAGCCACAGAUGCACGCCGCAAGGCCCUUAUCAGCACUGCCCUGGCCAAGUCAGGGGAGAGACUCCAGGCCCUCACCCUGCUCAUGAUUCACUACCGCGCAGGGAUCGAGGACUUGGAGUCGGUGGAAAGCACUUCUCCUUCAGAGCAGCGAGGCUUUAAGGGCAAAGAAGAAGGUCUGGAGGAAGAGGCGCUCCUGGGGACAGAGGUCUACGACAGCGACAUGUGCAGCCCCGUAGAUGUGCCGCUGCUGGACGACAUUACCGAAGAGCAGAUCUGUGUGGAGGCUCUGCACUAAAAUAAGACUGCAUUUAAAAUACGGGGAUGUGGGCGUCGAGCGUCACCUGUAAUUUGUUUGUUUCCUUUUUCAUGUCAAAAUGAAAAUAGUUUCAAGGCCGUUCCUUACAAGGACCGUACGGUAAAGCCGCUAUUGAUCUACUGAUUUCCAUGCGUGAGGUUUUUAAAGGGAAGAAUGAAAGUUGCACGUGAGUUAUCGAACGCCAGCUACACAUUGAUCCCUUUGGUUUCCUGCGACCUGAGAAUGUCACUGUAUGCAUUUAAUGCAGGUUGCUGUCUUACCUUUUAUUUUGGAGAACAAUUAUGAAACAUGAAGAGCAACAAGGGUUUGUAUUGUUGGCUGAAGGAUCCUGCAAGCAGUCCUGAUUUUUCUUUUGUAAAAUGUUUGAGUUAUCACAGCGAUCGGUGGGGUUUCACUUCUGCACAUGUGUCGUUUAUAUAUUGUUUUCCUCAGUGUUUUGAUUGGUUGGUCUGUAUUCAGACAAUCUGUUGUUUUUAUUUUAUUGUUCUUUAAAUGUCCCUGGGUGCAAGAUGAUCCCAUCGAGUUAUGAAUAUUUCUGUAAAUGUUAUAUUUCGUUGAGAACAUUCCUCCGGUGUGCACAGCGGUUCUGUGGCACGUUGUCGGUAAGUGUGAGAGAGACGAGCUCUGAAUGUGAGCCGGGAGCCUGUGUGAUGUUGAAACUGCUUUAGCACCUGUGUUUUCAAUCCACACCUGGUUUGAUCCUGAUUGUUUGCCUUUAAGUUGUUUCCAAACGAAUGUCUGUUCUUUUCCACGUUGUGUCUGUACACAGCUGUUUGGCACCACCCUCCCUCCGCCCGUCCUUUUAAAUGCUGAGCAUUAAGUCUGUUUGACUGUGUCAAAAAACAGCUAUAGCUCCCAAAGCGCCAUGGUCUUCAUUCACUGUUUACAGCUGCUGAGAACAAGAAGACAUCUGCGUGUUGGGGAAAUCUGCCCGUAACCCUGAACGCAGUCCUUGUGACAUGUCAUGUGAUGCUAUAGAAGGAGAUGUACUGUAUGAAACGCUCGAAUAGAAGAAGCCUUUUGUUGGUAAAUAGACUUCAUGUGUAAGUUAUGAGGAGCUAAAACACUGCAGUGAAUGAAGUACAGGAGCAGCAGGUGUAAAGGCAAACCUCUUCAUUGCUGUGACUAUGAGAAUGUCUCAUCUUUGCUGACAGCAGUUAGUCUCUGAUGUUCACCUGUGACUCGCUCUGUGUCCUUGUGGCUUCUGGUUGAACGUCACUUUGUCAGUGGAGAGCAGGUGUGAAUGGGUGAAGUCAGUGAAGCUGACCUAUUCAAAAGCCACGAGUGAAGAUCUGCAUAGACGAGCCUACAAUCUGCUCUUCACACUCCAGUGUUACCGACUGAAGAUCCAACAAGACCAGAAAUGUCCCCGUCUGCUGUGGUUAAUCUGUUGCUUAUGUGCUGUGGAUAUUGACACACUGGUUGCUAUAGCUGUCUUUUGAUCUUUGUGCAAUAUUUGUUUUAUGAAGCGCUGCUGCUGCUUUUCCUCGUCCACUGAACUCACACGCUUCUGCCCCCACUCACAGCCCUCACCGUGGAAACUCCACAGUGAGUAAAAGCUCCGCCCACUGCUUUGACCACUGCUUUGAGCAGAUUGAGAUGGUGUGUUUUUUGUGUGUAUGUAUGACGGAUGUUGUUUUUUGAGAAAGCCUCGUGUGAUGAAGCUUUAUUGUACAUACGCUAAAUAAACAAUCACAUGAACUCCCAUUGA